AUGUGUCGUCCUAUACGUAGCUUAACAGAGGCCAAAGGAUACGAUACUUCAAACCAUAUUCUUGCAUGUUUUGGUGGUGCCGGUGGUCAGCAUGCAUGUGCGAUUGCGUAUAAUCUUGGCAUAAAAAAGAUUUUAAUUCAUCGUCAUAGUUCUAUAUUAUCAGCAUAUGGACUCUCCUUAGCAGAUGUAGUUCAUGAAACUCAAGAACCCUGUGCUGAAAUUUUUUCCAAUAAAUCUCUCCCGCAUCUCCAGGAAAGAAUAAGAAUAUUGAUGGAUACUUGCUCUAAAGAACUGAAAUCGCAAGGAUUCGAUGAUUCUCAUAUACUCUUUGAGACUUAUUUAAAUUUACGAUAUCAAGGCACUGAUUUCGGGCUCAUGACUUUAAAGCCGCAAAAUUCAUGGGAUUUUGAUAAAGAAUUUGCAGAGCAAUAUCGACAAGAAUUUGGCUUUAAUUUCCCUGAUCGAGAGAUUUUCGUGGACGAUAUUAGAAUUCGUGGUAUUGGCAACAGUUUUGGAACUGUAAAUAAAAAUGUUUUUGAAGAAUCUCAAAAACUUUUGCCUAAGCCAGUUGAGAAAUCACAAUCUAGUGGAACAGAGUCGGUCUAUUUUGAAAGAGGAAGGAUCGAAACUCCUAUUUAUCUCUUAGAAAAUCUUAAAAUUAAGGAUAAGGUUUCUGGACCAGCAAUGAUUAUUGAUGCUAAUUCCACGAUUAUUGUCAAUCCUGAAUGCAAUGCACUGAUAACCUCCUCACAUAUUGUGAUAACUGCUGGAGAUGGGACGAGGCUAAAGGUGACCACUGAAUUAGACCCAAUUCAACUUUCCAUAUUUGGACAUAGAUUCAUGAGCAUUGCUGAGCAAAUGGGACGAACCUUACAAAAAACUGCCAUAUCUACAAACAUAAAAGAACGUCUAGAUUUUUCUUGUGCACUAUUUGGGCCCGAUGGAGGACUAGUGGCUAAUGGUAUGUUUUAUCAGUGUUGGUCAGCAAAGAAAUUAGUGUUGAGCACUGGAUUGGAACAAUCUAGUAGACAUUUUUGGACUGGAGUCCAACGGACUAGGUCUGCUGGACUUAAAAAACUGGACAUGUCCACGCCGCAUAUACCGGUACAUUUGGGUAGUCUAAGUUAUGCUGUUAAAUUUCAAAUGGAGUAUUAUAAAGGUGAUUUGGAAGACGGCGAUGUUAUUCUAACCAAUCAUCCUCAAGCUGGCGGAUCACAUUUACCAGAUAUUUCGGUGAUAACUCCAGUAUUCAACGAAGGAAAAAUUGUAUUUUUUGUUGCGUCUCGAGGACAUCAUGCUGAUAUUGGCGGGAUUCUACCUGGUUCUAUGCCUCCUCAUUCUAAAGAGCUAUAUCAAGAAGGCGCUGCUAUCAAAUCUUUUAAACUGGUCUCAAAAGGGAAAUUCGACAUUGAUGGGCUAACGGAUAUCCUAUUGCAUCAGCCCGCAAAAUAUCCUGGAUGUAGUGGGUCACGAUGUUUACGUGAUAAUGUUUCUGAUCUAAAAGCACAAGUAGCCGCCAAUCAUAAAGGAAUUCUGCUUGCUAAAGCAUUAAUCCAGGAAUGUGGGCUAGAUGUCGUGCAAGCUUACAUGAUGUAUAUUCGCAAGAAUGCCGAAUUAUCCGUACGCGAAUUGCUUAAGGCUGUCCAUCGACGUAUGGACGGCGAAAAAUUGGAAGCUGUUGAUUAUAUGGAUGAUGGCACCCCUAUUCGGCUUCAAAUUAGUAUUAACGAAAAUGAAGGAUCGGCAAUAUUUGAUUUUCAUGGAACAGGGCCAGAAGUUUAUAGCAAUACGAAUGCUCCUCCCUCAGUGACCUAUAGUGCUAUUAUUUAUUGUCUACGUUGUCUUAUCGCUGAAGACAUUCCAUUAAACCAAGGCUGUUUGACGCCCAUCGAUGUACGAAUCCCACCUAAAUCAUUCCUUAAUCCAUCUGAUAAGGCUGCCGUAGUAGGUGGCAAUGUGUUGACUUCACAGCGGCUUGUAGAUGUAAUUUUAAAAGCAUUUGGUGCAUGUGCUGCUAGCCAAGGAGAUUGCAAUAAUUUAACAUUUGGCAAGGGCGGAAAAUCGGAAGAUGGAAAAAAAGUCGUGGAAGGUUGGGGCUACUACGAAACAAUUGCUGGUGGAAGCGGAGCUGGUUCUACGUGGAAUGGCCAGAGUGGAGUUCAUACUCACAUGACAAAUACUCGAAUAACCGAUCCUGAAAUUUUGGAACGGAGAUAUGAUCAUGCUAUAAUUCUUCGAGAAUUUUCUUUGCGUAGAGGUUCGGGAGGUGCGGGUCUGCAUCGAGGUGGAGAUGGCGUCAUUCGUGACCUUGAAUUCUGUGAACCACUGCAAGUUAGCAUAUUAUCCGAGAGAAGAGUAUUUCAUCCGUAUGGCUUAAAUGGUGGCAAAGAUGGCGCGUGUGGCUUAAAUCUUUUGAUUCGCAAGAACGAGAAUGGUGAUGAACGCGUACUUAAUUUAGGUGGUAAAAAUUCUGUUGAAGUAAAGUCCGGAGAUAGGGUUAUAAUUUGCACUCCUGGCGGUGGUGGAUGGGGACCUCCUUCCUUGGAUACUAAAGAUAUAUUGGAUGAGGCAAUUGAGAAAUACUACAAAUAA